UCGCCGGAUCGGCCGGAACAUUUCCGAGCGCGCGGAAAAACGAAGAGGAGAGCAUGGAAACGCGACGCGGCAGAAUGGGAACGAGAAAGAGAGGGCGACAGAGGUAGGGAGAGGGCGUUUAAAUACGAGGAGAGACGCGCGUGCUCCUUCAGUCCGGCGCUAACAGUCCAAACCGAUUCACAUCCGGACCCCGGUGGAGAGGAAACCGUAGUCCUGCCCGCAACCGAGGACGAAUCUCGACCCAGAAACCGACCACGGAGACGAGAAGAUUUCGAAACGGAUCACGAACACCGUUUCCGGGUACCGCGUGAAUCGUGCCCGCUUGAAAAGGGAAUCAGAAGUGGCGCGGAGGGCUGUAACUGGCGGACGGAAGUGUACGUGGUAAUGUGUCAGUGAACAAGUUUUUUUCGAACAGAAUCGAAGAAUAGUGCGGAAAAAAACUUUCGAGUGAAAACGAGGGUUCGAGAAUGACGAACAGCAUGAAGCAGACGGUCAUUAAGCACCUCACGAAUUGACGGGAGCUUCGAAUGCAAUCACGUUUGGAGAUCUUAACUGCUAAAGGAACCAUCUCGACCCACGAUUAAACCUAACUUGCAUGCGAGGAAGAUUAUGGUCAUGGUCAAAAUUCAAGGCUGUGGUCGACAAAAGAUCCUUGCCGGAUACAUGAAAAUAGUAUUCGAUCCAGAAAUAGGAAAUCCAACAUGGUGGAAGAGGCGAUCGGCGCUGGAACGAGGGCUGACCGUGAUAGCAGUUUCCGGGAUCCUUUUGUGCAUCGCGUUAGCUGUUGCGCUCGGGGUUCUAGCGGCGAAUACUGUGUCUUGCAGUUCGUCGAGAAACGAUCCCGUUAACACAGAGGGAUUACCAUCCACAGCCGACGCUCUUAACGGAUAUCAGAACACAAAAGACAUUCAAAUUGUAGACAGAGGACCGACCUGCGACGAAGACAUCUGCUACACGCCAGAAUGCGUUCACACGGCGUCCGGGAUAUUGAAAAACAUGGACACCGAGGUGGAACCCUGCGACGAUUUCUACGAUUUCGCUUGCGGUGGUUUUCUGAAGAACACACACAUCCCUGACGACAAAACGAGCGUGAAUACGUUCACAGAGAUCAGCGACAAGCUGCAGAAUCAACUGAGGUCCAGCAUCGAGGAGAAGAGCGCGCCGAACGAGCCAAAACCCUUCAGGCUCGCGAAGAAUUUGUACAAGUCUUGCAUAAACAAAACGGUCAUCGAACAGCAAGGUUUGGAACCUCUGUUGAAGAUUUUGCAAAACCUUGGCGGCUGGCCGGUUUUAGAGGGCGACGAUUGGAACGACGAUGCAUUCGAUUGGAAAGAGUCGGUUUACAAAUUCCGGAAAACGGGUUACUCUGUCGAUUACUUCAUCGAUUUCAGCGUCGGAGUCGAUCUGAAGAACAGCACGAGACGAAUAAUCGACCUCGAUCAAGCGUCGCUUGGCCUCUCGCGUGAAUAUCUGUCAAAGGGAUUCGAUGACAAAAUUGUGCAGGCCUAUUACAGCUAUAUGGUUGAUAUCGCGACGAUUCUUGGAGCUAACAAAACUAGAGCACAAACAGAACUGAAGGAGUCUCUGGAAUUCGAGAUGGAACUUGCCAACAUUUCUUUGCCCAACGAGAAGCGUCGCAACGCCACCCUCCUCUACAACCCCAUGACGGUGCAAGAGUUAUCGAAGACUUAUCCUAGCAUACCGUGGAAGGAAUAUUUCAACACCAUUUUGGCGCCAAACGUUCAGGUCAACGACGACGAAGUCGUGAUCGUCAGUGUUCCCAGUUACAUAGCAACCUUGGAGAAGCUGUUGGUUAGCACGCCGAAGAGGAUUCAGGCGAACUAUGUGAUGUGGCGAGCGGCUGCUUCGUCAGUGAGCUAUCUCACCGAGGAGAUUCGAAAGAGGCAAUUGCAAUAUUCCACGGCAUUGAGCGGGAAGACGGAACGAGAGCCCAGGUGGAAGGAGUGCAUCGAUACGGUUUCCGGUAGCCUGGCCAUAAGCGUCGGUGCCCUUUACGUGAGGAAGUACUUCAAAGAAGAUGCCAAGAAGAACGCGGUAGAGAUGGUGGCCGAUAUCAGAGAAGAAUUCACCAAGAUAUUGAAGAAGGUCGACUGGAUGGACGAAGACACGAGGAAGAGCGCUUUAAGCAAGGCAGCCUCCAUGUCCACUCACAUCGCGUAUCCAGACGAGUUGUUGGACGAUAAUAAACUGGAAGAAUUUUAUAAAAAGCUAGAGUUGACAACCGACAAUUACUUAGAGGGUAUCCUGAAUCUGACUCUCUUUGGAUUGGAAUAUUCCUUCGGUAGACUACGUAAACCCGUAAAUAAGAGCGAUUGGAUAACCCACGGAAGACCAGCGAUCGUCAACGCGUUUUAUUCAUCGAUCGAGAACAGUAUUCAGUUCCCAGCCGGCAUUCUACAAGGCGCUUUCUUCAGCAACGAUCGACCAAGAUACAUGAAUUACGGCGCUAUCGGGUUCGUCAUAGGUCACGAAAUAACGCACGGUUUCGACGAUCAGGGCCGACAAUUCGAUCAAAAUGGAAACCUCGUCGAUUGGUGGGCGCCGCAAACGAAGGAGAAGUACCUUGAAAAAGCAGAGUGUAUCAUUCAUCAGUAUGGGAAUUACACCGUCGAAGAUGUUGCCUUAAACUUGAACGGUAUAAACACCCAAGGUGAGAACAUCGCCGACAAUGGUGGAAUAAAAGAAGCCUAUUUGGCGUACAAAGAAUGGGUCAGGCGAAAUAAUCCUGAACAGAGAUUACCAGGACUUUCGUACACGCCGGAACAAUUGUUCUGGAUAAGCGCCGCGAACACCUGGUGCAGCAAGUACAGACCGGAAGCGAUGAAACUCCGCAUCACCACCGGGUUCCACAGUCCAGGGAAGUUCCGUGUUCUGGGUCCGCUUUCCAACAUGGAGGAGUUCGCGAAAGAUUUCAAAUGUCCGCUCGGUUCGAAAAUGAACCCCGAGAAGAAGUGCGCCGUCUGGUAAAUUAUACGUUGACGAACUAAGAGGUAAUAGAAGUUGAAGAAGCGACUGUUCGACGUUGGUCGAACUUGUUCUUUGAAACACGACGUUUAAUGAAAGAGUAUAUUCGCGGUCGAACAAGUUUUCAGGUAUUUCGGCUGAAAAACGACGACCCUGGGAUUCAUUCGAGACUAUCUUUCAUAUGGAUAUAUGGUUCGUGUGAAUCUUAAUGUAUCUGUGUAGAUCUUGAUGGAAUCCGCUCGAAGGGAGUAAUAGUGACUGUGCUUGAUCGGUGAAACUGAUGGAAUUCAACGUUUAGGGCACGAUCGUGCAUGAUCUCUAAGAAUGACCAAAGGGAUCGUUUUCGCGAACAACUUAAAUUACACGGUUGAACGGCGCAUCUACUAACAUUGUUUGCUAAUAUAUAAGUCUUUUUUAUAAGAGAAAGUUAGAGUUUGAUGAGUAUUGUAAAUAAGGAGAAACCACGAUACCGAGACGGCGCGUCAUGACAAUUUUCAAUUUUGUAAAAUUGCGUUUAGAAAUUGCGAAACCAAGUUGGGUUCGAUCGUCGGUGAAGAACACGUUAAACUGUGAUGAUUUUAUAGGAAUCGACAAUAAAUAGUGAAACGGUCUUUCGGUUGAAGCUUCGAGCUGGCGCGCGCAAAAAGAGAAAAAAAAAAUACAGUUAUUGUUAAUUAUAUUUUCAAAUGACAUUGUUUUACUGACAAAAAGUUAAUAUAUGUGUUUUUUUUUUGCUAUCUGUAUAAUAUUCGUUAGGCUCCGUUGAGCAGCGUAAGGUUGUUGAUUAGAGUUACCAUUUCAAAGUACUUAGGCGACGUAGUAUUAAUCGUAGUUUUUAACGCACAGGUAACGAACGCCUGUGGUUACUUUUGUAUCGUUUUACUUUUGGAUAUACGUGCCACGUGAACGUUUAUUUCUAUCGCAAUUUCUUUGUUCUUAUUUUGCAAUGACAAUUGUACCGCAUAGGGUCUAACGUAGAACCGCGAUACUCAUAUUUAUUGCAAUACCGUAUUACUUUACGUUUAAACAGAUGAGUGUAUUUAGUGUAUUUGUUGAGUAUAAAAUUUUAAUAUAAAAACAUUGAAGAUAAGCUUACCCAUAAAUUUCCUUUCCCCUCGUUUCUUAAUGUGCAUAUUGUA